AUGAAUCUCAAUUACCCAUUAAAGACUCUGUGCCUAGAUGCUGGGAUUGGGGGCUUAUGUGAUGGGUUGGUAUGUGUUUACUUUGUCGAAAAUUAUGAUGACAUCAUUUAUAUAUGGAAUCCAACAACUGGAAAACACAAAAUUUUGCCAUCUUUUGGGAAAGGAUUUAUUCUUGCCAUUUCUUAUGGGUUUGGAUAUGACUCCUCCAAUGAUGAUUACAAGGUGGUUAGGAUCAGUAAUUUUAAUGAUUCACUUGAAGUUAAGAUUUAUUCCUUAAGGACUGAUUCAUGGAGAAAGUUAUUAGUUUGGGCUUUGAAAGGAAAUCUGUGUGUUGUUUGUGAGGAUACUUUUACUUUUUAUGAUGUGUGGGUAAUGAAUGAAUAUGGCAAGAAAGAGUCAUGGACUAAAUUGGAUGGUGAAAUUUUGGUGAAUUUUGGUGGGACAUUGAUCCUUUAUGAUCUCAUAAAACAUACAAUCAAGUAUCGUUCCAUUUAUGGCGUUCCUGAUUUUCACGAAGUGAUGAUCUAUCAAGAGAGCUUAGUUUCUCCUGAUGAUUUUAUGAAGUUGCCAAUUUACCUUAAUAAUUAA